UGCUGUGACGUACGCACAGGAGAUGAAACGUGGAGAUCGCAGUCAGUCGGUGUCACGGUCUCUUAAAGAAUACAACAAUGUCGAUAAUGCUGCUUUUGGUUGCAUUAACGUGCAGUUUAUACUGCACAUCAGCAAAAAUCAAUAGAAGAUUCGUCGAGUCCAUCGAUGACAUUGGCGAUAUCCGCAGAACUAAGUGCACCGGUGACUGUCUCCUUUUGUAUGAUACGAUCGUCAGCAAAAUUAAUAAAACGGCGAAACCCUGUGAAAGCAUGUAUUCAUACAUGUGCAAUGGCGAGGAAAAUUACCAACAGACAGGAUAUCCGAAUAACGUACUUCUGAAAAUUCAAACUCAUGCAAUGAAUAUCUUGAGCAGCCCAGUCGAGUCAAGCGAACCAAAGUUUUUUAACGUAGACAAAGAAUUGUAUCAACAAUGCAUAAAACUUGGCAGUGAUUGGCAAAACGAAGAGUAUCUGGCGUUUGAAAAUUUACGUCGUCAGCUUGUAAAGUAUGUCAAGGAAAAUAAGAAAUGGCAAGAUUUAGAGAUGAAAAUAGACUCGCUAGGUUUUGAUUAUACUUUUUUUGAUAUUAAUGUAAUUGACGAUCCUGAAGAGCCAUCUCGUAGGAUAAUUAUUUUACAACCCCCAUCGCUCAAGCACAUGCAAACUAUAACAAAUAAAAUGAUACCUAUUAUGAAACGCAAGUAUUACUAUGAAAAGGUGAAAUAUUUUGGAGAAUUUAGCGCCUUUGAUGAUUUAUUUGAUUUUAUCAAGGGAUAUCUAAAAGAGCCAGUACAGGUAUUCCUAGAUUCUCUAUGUCGAAUUGAAACCACCGUUUUACAAAAGUAUAGGGAGAAAAGGUUGUUAAACAUAAAAACAACUAUUGGAGAUUUUGAUAAUUUUUUUGAACAAUUGAGUGAAAUCAAUGAAUUUGCUAAGAUCGAUUGGGCAACGAUAAUCAGACGUACUUUUCAAAAAGUCGAUAUUCAAGUUACAGAUAAAGAAAGUAUAAUUAUAAAAAAUAAACCGUUUUUCAUAGAACUCUCCAAACUGUUGAAUAAAACACCGAACAACGUAAUAGUUUCUGCAGUAUUAGCAAAAUUAAUAACCGAGAACUUGGUAUACAUCGAUUGGAAUUUAUCGCAGACUUUGGAAACUGUUAACAAACAGUCAUUUUGUUUGAAAGAAACUAAAUUGUAUGGAGUUUCUCAUAAAAUUUUAUACAAAUAUAUAGCUGAUACAAGUGAUAUAUUGCUUCUUAGGAGAGUAGAAGAUAUUGUAGCAAACAUUGCAGAGGCAUUUGUUGAUGAAAUUCUCACAACCUAUACCUUAUUCAGCAGAGAACGGAUUUAUCUUGAGCGCAAACUCAAAUCAAUUACAGAUGAUCUAUUAGAGCAUGUAUUUUAUUCCCCAUUCAACCCGCACGCUGAUCUUGAAAUGACGCCUAGCUAUUUUUUUAAUAUUAUCAAGUACAGGGAAUUAUUGAAACACCACAGACUAAAAACGUUACGAAAUCCGUCUCAUUUCCCAUUGCCUUUUAGUAUUAGGGAAGUGGAAAAAGCUCGGAACCGAUUUAUUUUAUAUACCUUGACCAAUAGUGAUGUAUUAUUGUCACCUACAUUACCAAAAGGAGUUCUUUAUGGUAAUUAUGGCGUCAAAGUUUCUGCCUUUUUGUACGCGUUGAUGAACGAAAAUAUUUUUAUAGAUGGUAUAUAUCACUAUGACAUCCCGGAUUGGUUUGCGUAUCCCGAAUAUUCUGAAGAUACGAUAUCAUGCUAUGAAUCCAUUGGAAUUAUAGACUUCAAUCGACAUCAAGUCAUGUAUAUGAUUACGGAGAUACUUGGAUUGCAAAUUGCAUAUCAAGCCAUGUUAAAAGACAAUUAUAUCAAAUCGCAUAACCCAUUUUCGAUAAAUCUGCUUUCGAACAAUAAAAUAACGAUGGAUCAGCUUUUUUUCUCCGCAUACGUUAAAGAUCAUUGUUAUGCAAAUAGUAGGAUGGUUAACAAAAUUCUUUUGAAUUCUGGAUAUUUUUCUAAUGUAUUUAAUUGUUACAACUACAAAAGUUUGAAAAAAUGUCCAUUGCAAGCUUUUGGUACGCGGAUCGGAAAUAUAUAUUUCAGAGAAAAAUUGAAAAUGCUUUAAAACAUCACACUGUAGAUGCUAGUUUAUAUAAGUUUUGUUUUAUUAUAAUAACAAUAUAGUAAGAACUUACAAACA